AUGCAGAAUGUACCGGAGGAGUGGAGGGAAGAACGGAGCGUUGGAGGAGGAGGAGAGAAUGAUGUUAAACCCUGGGAGGGGAGAGAGGCCUUAUUCCUAACAAACGCUGGUAACUCCAAACAGGACAUGGACAAGCGGAAAGAGACCGGGGUUAAGGAGAGGGGGAAGGAGAAUGGAGAGAUGAUGAAUGGAGGGGGGAAGGGGACGGAGGGGACGGGUAAAGAAUCGCUGAUGAUGGAGCUGACCCGUCUGGUUCAGAAGACAGUGAAGGAGAGUAGCUGGUGGGAGAGGAGAGGCAUCGACAUCACUAUCCUGGUCCUCGCCUUUCUCCUGCUACCCCCAGGUAAUCUAUACACCCGUCUCACACACUUCAUACACCUGUCUCACACGCUGCAUACACCUGUCUCACACACUUCAUACACCUGUCUCACACGCUGCAUACACCUGUCUCACACACUUCAUACACCUUGUCUCACACACUUCAUACACCUGUCUCACACACUUCAUACACCUGUCUCACACGCUUCAUACACCUGUCUCACACACUUCAUACACCUGUCUCACACACUUCAUACACCUGUCUCACACACUUCAUACACCUGUCUCACACACUUCAUACACCUUCUCACACACUUCAUACACCUGUCUCACACACUUCAUACACCUUCUCACACACUUCAUACACCUUCUCACACACUUUAUAGCCUUUUGUUAUUAUACAGUAUAUUUAUAUAGUGUAGGUUUACCACAUUUAGUUCCUCCUACCCCCAGGUAAGACAUCUACCUGCACACCGCAAUACAUACACCUGUCUCAAAGACUUUAUAGUGGUCCUCUCUGCCUCAGUUGGUAGAGCAUGGCGCUUGCAAUGCCUGGAUCGUGGGUUUGAUUGCCGCUGGAUCCACCCAUACGUAAAAAUGUAUGCACACGUGACUGUAAGUCGCUUUGGAUAAAAGUAUCUGCUAAAUGGCUUAUUAUAUUAUAUCAUUUUUUAAAGGUAAAUAUAAAGCAUAGUUUUACCACGUUCAGUUCACCAUACCCCCAGGUAAGACACCUGUCUUACAACGGCAAAACUGCUUGAAAUGACGUAUUUUCAAACAAUUUUGCUCACUGGGUUUUAACCUGGUUUUAACCAGAUUGAACGAUGGGUUCAUUAGUGAGAGUAACAUUUAGUCUGUUCCAACCAGGCUAACACGUUAUAGUCCUUAUAAAGGUACAAAUAGGUUUGUAUUUACCACAUCCUGUGUGACAUGCAGAUUUGUUGUAAAUACACAGGAAGAAGGGAAGUGAGAAAUCCACUGUACUAAAACAUGGAGGAUUAUGGCUGUAACUUAAUCCCAGAUUUCAGUCACCUGGCCAAACAAGGUUCUCCACGGGGGAAGGGUCAGGACCAGAAACACAUAGCACGUGCUUUAUAGCAGAAUAGAAUGUUCAGGGAAGCUGUUCUAGAAUGUGUUUCAGAUGGCAGGAGUAGAGUGGAGUGGAACUGUGUUGCAAAAUUGUCUAUUGAGAUCUGUCAAACUAUCUUAUGCUUAUUUAUGUAGCCUGGUCCCAGAUCUGUUUGGCAUGACAAUGACCAUAGCAGUUGGCAAGACAUCCAAAAACGGAUCUGGGACCAGGCUAAUGCUAAUGGCUAGAUGUUUACCCGUUCUACAUUCCAUAAUGUGGAAUAUUUGCAUCUAGAACAAACUGUGUAAACUUUCCACCCUUUGUUUGACCCCGUUUCCUCCCCUCUCCUUCCCCAUAUCCCUCUCUCCUCAUCUCUUUCUCUCCUCAACUACAUCUCCCCUUCUCCAUUUCUCCUCCAGCCUUUCUGCUGCUGGGCUCGUCCCAGGUCCUGGUGUUUGUCCUGGGCAUGGUGCUUAUGGGGGUGUCCCAUGCUGUCAUCACCAUCAAGGGAACCCACCUGGCCAGCCACGGAUCGCUGAGCGAGUCCCCUGCCUGGGCCGAGGUCUGGGCUGUGUUCUUCAUAGAGGUAAGAGAGAGUGAGAGUGAGAGGGGUUGGGGGGGCAUAACUGAUGUAAUUUCAGCUAGUAAUUCAGCUGUCUGUCUGUCCAGGUGUGUGGGUCGUUCACAGCGAGGGCAGGUGUAACAGGCCACAUUAAGAUGCAUCAUGCCCACACCAACGUGAUCGGCCUGGGUGACUCCAGCACCUGGAAGAUACCCUGUCUACCCCGGAGCGUCUACCUGUUCAUUGCACCCCUGGCUGUACCCAUCAUCACUCCUCUGGUGGCACUAGGUGAGGCACAGACAGGGUCUGUGUGUGUGUGUGUGUGUGUGUGGUGUGUGUGUGUGUGUGUGUGUGUGUGUGUGUUUCCAGGUGUAGCGUCUACCUGUAAGAUAUUAUGUAAGAUACAUAAUGCUUAGUCGCUGUUAGGUUGCCGUUGUGUUGAAACAGGAACAUGUUGAUACCUGUGUUAAGCUAAUCAUGUUUGAAAGGCUGACAGAAUAACAUGUAAUUGUUUAGGCCCCUUAUUAUUUACAUUGAUAUCUUCACUCCAGGCUGUGAUGGUGGAACUGUCUCUCUCUGGUCCCUGUCCCUGUCUCUCUCUGGUCCCUGUCCCUGUCUCUCUCUGGUCCCUGUCUCUGUCCCUGUCUCUCUCUGGUCCCUGUCCCUGUCCCUGUCUCUCUCUGGUCCCUGUCCUCUGUCCCUGUCUCUCUCUGGUCCCUGUCCCUGUCCCUGUCUCUCUCUGGUCCUGUCUCUGUCCCUGUCUCUCUCUGGUCCCGUCCUGUCCUGUCUCUCUCUGGUCCCUGUCCCUGUCCCUGUCUCUCUCUGGUCCCUGUCCCUGUCCCUGUCUCUCUCUGGUCCCUGUCUCUGUCCCUGUCUCUCUCUGGUCCUGCCUGUCUCUCUCUGGUCCUGUCCCUGUCCCUGUCUCUCUCUGGUCCCUGUGCCUGUCCCUGUCUCUCUCUGGUCCCUGUCUCUGUCCCUGUCUCUCUCUGGUCCCUGUCUCUGUCCCUGUCUCUCUCUGGUCCCUGUCUCUGUCCCUGUCCCUGUCUCUCUCUGGUCCCUGUCUGUGGUCCCUGUCCCUGUCUCUGUGUCUCUGCCCCUGUCCCUGCCUCUACCUGUCUCUGUCCCCUGACGCUGUCCCUGUCUCUGUGUCUCUGUCCCUGCCUCUUUACCUGUCUCUGUCUCUGUCCUUGUCUAUGUCUCUGUCUUUGUUCCUGUCCCUGUCUCUGUCCCCGUCCCUGUCUCUGUCCCUGUCUCUGUCCUUAUCUUUGUUCCUGUCCCUGUCUCUGUCCUUGUCCUCUCUAUCUCUGUCUCUGUCCUUGUCUAUGUCCCUGUCUUUGUUCCUGUCCCUGUCUCUGUGUCUCUGUCCCUGCCUCUUUACCCGUCUCUGUCCCUGUACCUGUCUCUGUCCUUGUCUAUGUCCCUGUAUCUGUCUCUGUCCCUGUCCCUGCCUCUUUACCCAUCUCUGUCCCUGUACCUGUCUCUGUCCCUGUCUCUGUCUCUGUCUCUGUCUUUGUCCUUAUCUCUGUCCCUGUCUCUGUUAUGUGACUGUAUCUAACUGUGUGUUGUAACUGAUUGUGUGUAUCCCUGACUAUGACUGUAUCUAACUGUGUUGUCCCCAGGCGUGUUCGAGUGGAUCCCUUUUGUCAAUUUACCAUAAUGCAACAUACCUUUCAAAGUGUGUUACAUUAUGGGGAGAAAAACUCUCAGAGUUGCGCCUACAUAUCGACUGCAUGAACUUUACAAAAAUCAUGUGAUCAAAGGUCAUGAAGUUUUGACUGCAAGUUUCUGCAGUUGCUCUUCCCCAACUUCAUCCUGCAGCCAUCGUCUGCAUUGUGGGAGGUUCUAUUGUCAACCAAUCACUAGGCAGUUUUUUAAAAUCCAUACGAACUUGACCAAAGACAUGACUGAAACAGGAACCAACUUUGCCGCAUCUCAUGUAUACAGUGGAUAUAAAAACAAAUACAUGUGAUAUUUGAGGCUCUCUCUCACACCAAUUGAUUGUACAAUGUACACGCAUAUAGUUUGUGAGUGUGUGAUAUGGGGGUUGGAGACAUGUUUAUUUUAGACAUUAUAAAGAAACACUCUUCUAAACAACACUGCCAUGUUGCACUGAGCCUUGCAGUUGGAAAACCACAGUUGCAGUUGGGCUCCACAGUGGCGCAGCGGUCUAAGGCACUGCAUCUCAGUGCUAGAGGCGUCACUACAGACCCCCUGGUUCGAUUCCAGGCUGCCUAGUUAAAUAAAGGUGAAAUAAAAUUACAAAAACAACUGUCGCAGAUGCACCUCCCCCCCGACUACACUCCUUAACCUGUCUACGGUCGGUUGCUUUCGCCUUACCACUCAAAACACUUCCUGUCUGUGUGUGUAGGUCAGCUGAAGGACCACUCGGUGAGCCAGGCCCUGAGGACAGUCCUGAUGGUGUUCCUGGGGUUUUACUCUCAGUACUGGCUACUGAUCCAUGUCUCUGGGUUCCAGGGUCCAUACAGCAGCCUCCUCUGCAUGCUGCUCUGCAGGGCCAUGUUCUCCAUACCCUACAUACACGUUAAUGUCUUCCAGGUGAGACACACACACACACACUUGACUAAAUAUAACAUCAAAGUUAGUAAUAAAUGGGUAGUUGGUGAUUUGGACAUUAUUUUGGGUUGAGUAGUAUUUGGGUCAAAGUGUUAAAUCAGUCUUUUCGUAGAGAAAGCUCACCCCCUCACGCUUCACAAUGCAGCAUUGUGUCCUCACAGCUUCUACCGGGAAUUCUAACAUUUCAGGCAGUUCAAGGGCUACAGAAGAAUAAAAACUAUUCAUGCAUGAUUUUCCCAGACGGAGCCUUUCGUUUCCAGUCUAUUGUUGUUAACGAGUACAAAAGGUUUUGAAGUGGGAUUUAAAAUGAAACAGCGGUUAUUGAUGUAGCUAAAACCCACGGGUAGAGGUGGGGAGGGAACUCUCGUGUCAAAAGGAGUGCACUAUAAUGGAAAUACCGUGCAAUUUGGGAUGCAGCCCUUACGUUCUUCAGGGUGGAGUAGUGAAUGUGAAGGAGAAACCUUUUCCCCUAUAGUAUGUUGUUGUUCUGUUUGUGUUGCUGUUGUUGUUGUUGUUCUGUUUGUGUUGCUGUUGUUGUUUCCGUCCACGCCCGGUACUCCCAACUGUGGCUGUCCUUGCCUGGCCCUGUACUGUUGACACCGUUGCAGAGGUGUGUAACUCAAUGGUGGGCGCAUAGAGAUGAAUAAUAUAAUGUCUAUGGGUAGACCUCCAGCAGCCUGAUCACGCUGGACUCUGCAUCCCAUCUUUCUACUAUAUUGUGAAUGUGUCCAGGGCAGCAACAACAUGGCAACAGUUUCUCUCUGGGUAUCUUCCCCUUAACUGAAUCAGCAGGGGUUCACACACACACACACACACACACACACACACACACACACACACACACACCCUGAGCACGUCUUUCCAUUAAACCGUCCUCUCCUGUUCCAUACAGCACAUCGGCCUGUCUAUGUUCUCCCCGACCCGACGGCCCAAGAGGAUUUACCAGAUGACCCACGGGGUUCUGAACCUGCCUCGGAACCCCCUGCUGGACUGGAUCUUCGGACACUCCCUCAUCAACUGUCACGUGGAACACCACCUGUUCCCCUUCCUCUCCGACCACAUGUGUCUCAAGGUACAACGUGUGUGUCGCAAAUGGCACCCUAUUCCCAUAGGGCUCUGGUCAAAAGUAGUGCACUAUAUAGGGAAUAGGAUACCAUGGGACACAGACAGUGUGUCUGUCAAAUACGUGUGGGAAGGUCAGGGUUGGGGCCAAAUCCAUUUCACAUUACUAAUUGAAAAGCUAUGAGGAAUUGACUGAAUUGAAAUGGAAUUGACCCCAACCUUGCUUACAGUGCAAUAACAGGACAUCUGUCAAAUAUAAGUUCAUCAAAGAAGCUUCUUUCAAGAAAAUUACAUUCACUUUCACCUCUAAACUAUGUGGAACUGCUGAUUGUAAAAAUGGCUUGAUAAAAUAAAUGUGAUUGAUUGACCGAUCGAUCGAUCGAUAUGAACCCUUUUCCUUUCCUCCCUCCUUUCCUCUCAGGUAAAGCCCAUCGUGUCCCAAUAUCUAAAGGAGAAGGAGCUCCCAUACCAGGAAGACAGAUACUUCUCCCGUCUGCAGCUCUUCUUUCACAAGUACCAGGAGCUCAUGGUGUUCGCCCCGCCCAUCACCGAGCUGGUGGGGGUGCAAUGA